CAUACCUGUGGCAUCUACUGCACCGUUCUCACGUGUCGUUCGCAUUGUGACCACCUGUACAGUGUACACACAUAUCUAUGUAGAUAGCUACACGUCUUUUAGGUGGCUCCCGCGAUACCGGUUUUGCGCUGGUAUGAAUAUGCCCAAGAGCUAAUUUUAUAAAAGUUAUCUCCUAAGAAGUUUUUAAAGUUCAGACACUCAGUGGACGGACUUUCGUGAUAUACUCAGCAUCAGCACCAUUUAAAUACAAAUAAUGCUGGCGAUACUGAAAAUCGGUAUUAGUGGUGCUCAUGAAUAAAUACAAAAUAUCUUUCGAUAUUCGUAAUACACAAGUUAAAGAAUAUUUUAGGCUGAUGAGUCUAUAAGAAAUGACAGUGCAGUGUAUUUGCGAUGGAAAUGGGCCUAAGCCUAAACUGUUUUCUUGUGAGUCCGGCAAAUGAGGUCACGUAUGUAAAGAUUUUUUAAAGAAAACGUCAGCCUGUCCGUCGUCAACUUGUCACACUACUUUUACCACAUGCUACAGUGAUCUCCCACACAUAUUUGUGAGCGCAGCCGCAGCCGCUGCCGCAGCGUUGUUUGCUUUUCGCGGGAUUUCAAACUAGUAUGAGUGCAAUUCAUAUUAUACAUACACACAACCAGAUCAUCUCAAAAUGUCAAAAUCCAUAGCUCCAUAAUUUUGGAAUGCUGAAAAAUAUUUCUUUAAACGUGCCGUGCCUGUGUUCUACUGUGUUUGUGUGUUCAUAAUAGUCGGACUGUACGUGAUUUUAACACUUCCGAAAUGUAAUAGAAACAAUCAAAAAUUGGUUCCCUUCAUCGUGUGCUCAACAUUUCUUGUUUUAACAAAUGGUUCUUGGAUACACUCAGCUCAACGGCCUUACACCAAACAUUGAAAAACAGCACUCAACAUCUUGAGAGUAAAUGAAAAAUGUCUUCUAACAACAUAUCAGCAAUGCAAGGACUUGGAUUCUUGGGACUUUUGAUUCUGCUGUCCUCAGCUGUUUUGGGAAAAUCCCAAAUGUGCGAGGUGGAAACUGGCCAAACGAAUAUAAUUCUGGAUAUUGAAGAAAGCCGCGAAGCAUUUAUUGGGCAGCAAACGACUCCCACUGAGCUUCCCAUCUUUGGCGACCCGGAGACGGAAAUAGAUCUCGAUCUAGUUUUUCCAAAGGGACAGCCAACAUUUCAAUUGAUCGGAAAACGACUGCAGUUGCUGGAGCCCCUUGACCGGGAUGAAGAAAAUCUCAGCCACAUUGUAUUCCAGGUGUCCUGCACCGUUCGAUCCUCUAAUAAGAAGCGCAACAUUCCCAUUAUUGUGCGCGUGUCGGAUAUCAAUGACAAUGCGCCCCGUUUCAUGAACACGCCCUAUGAGGUCACCGUACCCGAGAGCACACCGGUGGGAACUACGAUAUUUCGAAACAUACAAGCACUCGAUAAAGAUGCAGGAGUAAAUGGGCUUGUGGAAUAUUUUAUUGCCGAAACGAGUAUUAAUGCAACCGAAGAUGAGAAGCUCACUAGCGCUGAUGGGUAUGGCACCUUUGCCAUAUCCUUUCCACACCAGGGACAGGUUACUGUUUCAAGGAUUUUGGACUAUGAGAAGGUUCAGCGCUACUUUGUGACCAUCGUAGCUUCGGACCGGGCUCGCAACACCGAACAUCGACUUUCUUCGACCACUACUUUAACUGUCAAUAUAGCCGACUCGGACGAUUUAGAUCCAUCUUUUAUAUACCGGGGCUGCGUGUUGCUCGAGGGCGCCUGCAUAAACCCAGAGUACACGGCCUCUGUGCCGGCAGGCUCGUUGCUGGGGGUUCUCAAUGUGCUGCCUGAGAGAAUACAGGCGGUGGAUCUGGACACGAUAAACUCGCGCAUACGCUACAGCUUUGCCAGCGGAAUGCCUGGAAACUAUGAAGAUUACUUUGAGAUCGACGAGGAAACGGGAGUGCUGAAGCAAACAAAAGCCAUUGACACGUCCACCGCCAAAAGAUAUGACAUCAUCGUGCGCGCAGAAGAGAUUUCACCUGCACCUCGACGUUUUACCACGGCCAAGCUGGCGAUUUCUGUUAAACCAGUCGAUGCCAACCCCCCAGCCAUAUCCUCCUCUGCCACCGAGGGCUACGUUGACGAGAACUCACCCAUAGGCACCCGGGUUUUGGAUGCAAGCGGCAAUCCCAUAACCUUCAGUACCACAGAUGCAGACUUGGGCGAGGGCGAUCCAAAGCCCGAGUAUAUAUAUGAACUGACCACGCCUUCAUUUAAUGUGACCAGCGGAGGCGUUCUGGUAGUGAACGAAGAAAACCUCGAUCGGGAUCCGCCUGCCCCCGGCCGGUUUAAAUUUCAGGUUGUCGCCCGGGAGCCACGAACAAACGCUGCCAGCGCUCCAUUGAGCCUCACCGUGCAUCUGCGCGACAUUAACGACAAUGCACCCAAGCUGGCAAUGGUCUCGCCGAUUUCGAUCACUGCCGGGGAUCAGAGCGAAAGUCGCCUGGUCACACAAGUGACAGCCACCGAUAACGACAUUGGGCCCAAUGCCGUAGUCGCCUACUCCAUUUACCACGUGUCCAACAAUGGUAUUCAAAGGUUCACGAUUGACGAGCAAACCGGGGAGAUCAGAGCCCACGGCCGCCUGCUCGCUGGGGAACAAUACAGCAUAACUGUGCAGGCUACAGACGUAGGAGGGCUGUCCUCGCAGGCCAUUGUGGAGGUGAGUGUGACACCGGGGCCCAACACGAAGCCGCCCCGCUUCCAAAAGCCCAUCUACGAGGUGCAGGUUAGCGAGGGUGCGGAAAUCAACUCCACGGUCACCGUAGUGCAUGCAGACGAUCCGGAGAACGAUGCAGUUGUCUACUCAAUCAUAUCCGGCAAUGAUCUUCGCCAGUUUGCUGUGGGCCAAGAGACUGGGGUCAUUAUCGUGAUACGCAAGUUGGAUCGCGAGAGCUUAACGCGCUACCAACUGAUCAUGAGGGCCGAGGACAGUGGUGGCCUCUCGAGCACCGCUACAGUGAACAUUAAGGUCACUGAUAUUAAUGAUAAGAAUCCAGAGUUCGAUGUGUCCACCCUGCCCUACGUCUUCCAAGUGGAUGAAGGCACAUCCAAUGCUUUCGUGGGCGUGGUGCACGCCACUGACGCCGACGAAGGUAUCAACGCAGAGAUUACCUAUUCCAUACCCACAGACGUGCCAUUUACCAUAAACGGCACUUCCGGAGAACUGCGAACUGCGUCUCAGCUGGACUAUGAACGCUUGAAUGAGUACAAGUUCGUGGUGACUGCAAAGGAUGGGGCUCCCGACGCUCGCCUGGGCACGGCCAGCGUGACCGUGUUGGUGCACGACAUUCCCGACGAAGUGCCAAAGUUCAGCGAUGCUCGCAUCGACGUGCAUAUACCAGAGAACGAGGUGAAUUUCCUGGUGGCCACGGUGCAGGCCUUUGAUCCAGAUACGACUUCGGAAAUCACCUACGUGCUCCGCAAGGGGGAUGCGGAACUAUUCAAGGUAUCUGCGACCACCGGAGAGGUGCACACAGUCAAGGGGUUGGACUACGAGAACCAGCGACAGCACCAGCUGACAAUCGGAACCAUUGAAAACGACGGUGAUGGGCCUGGAGACACACUCCAGCUGGUGGUGAAUGUUGAGGAUCGGAACGAUCUGCCGCCGAGAUUCAUAACUGCGCCUGAUCCAGUGACUGUGAACGAUGACCAAGCCAUAGGCACCAUUAUAGCCACUCUGCCGGCCAUUGAUGGCGAUGGCACCUCCCCUGGAAACGUGGUCCGCUACGAGAUAGUCGGACGGGGAAAAGCACCCAAAUACUUUCAAGUUGAUCCAGACACGGGAGCGGUGCGUAUCCGCGAUGAGUUGCGCAAAGAAGUCGACACAGAGUACCACGUGGACAUUCGCGCCUAUGACAUGGGCGAGCCCCAGCUGAGCUCGGUGGCUCCUCUUCGCGUGGAUGUGCGACACCUUGCCCUGUCCCAGAACAACGAAAUGAGCAUGGAAACUAAGCUGCAGAGCGGGAUGAUUCUGAGCACUGAAAACAUAGGCCUGGGCUUCAGCGACGACAGCUACACAACCAGCGUACCAGAGUCCACGGAAGUGAACAGUACCCUGAAGAUUGUGCAGAUCAUUAAUUCGAAACAAUCGGCCAACGGACCGGCAGACUUUAGGUGCGAGUUUGUGCAUGGAAACGAUGAGGCAAAGUUCAAUGUAAGUCUGGCCGACCAUGGAUGCAGCAUAAUCCUCGUUCAGUCGUUAGAUUUCGAGAACAAGUCCUCGUACACACUCCAGCUGCGCCUUGUGUCCCACCGGUACUUUGUUAACCCCCUAAAGGAUAAGACCACUGUGAAUAUAAUAGUUCAGGACGAGAACGACAAUGCGCCAGAGUUUGUCUUCAAUCGGCUGCGUGGUCAGCGGGACACCUUCUACACCGUGGUAACAUCAGAUAUGGAUGUGGACACGACCAUUCUGCAGGUGCGUGCCACCGAUCGUGAUUCCGGAAAGUUUGGAAUGGUUCGGUACAAGCUGUACGACGAUGAGGACACCGGAACUAAUUUGCCAACAAGCUUUUUUAUGAUGACAGAAGAUGGCGUUCUGCGAACUGCAAAGCAUUUCAAAAACGAAGAAUCAUUUCCAAUGACAUUUUCGGUUGAGGCACGGGACAGCGAUGCCCAGGAACUGGGAUCACAUCGCACAAGAGCCCGAAUAGUGGUCAAUAAGCUCACAGACAUCAAUCGUAUGGCACUCUCUUUUCCCAAUGCGGCUCCCAGUGAACUUCGCAACUACCACACGGAGGUGGAGGAGCUGCUUGAGGAGAAAACCGGACUUGUCAGCGGCAUUGAGCGCUUCAGCAAUCAAAAGUAUCUGGCCAACAACGGCACUGUGAUUGAGAACCAAGCUGCAACGGAUGUGUGGUUCUAUCUCAUCGAUCCGAAAUCAGAGAAGCUAUUAAAGCGUAAUGAUAGUGUUGUGGAGACCACGUUGCUAGAGCCCGCUGCCCGCUUGGAACUGAACUUUGCUUUGGCACGAGCCAAGGCCGAUGGGAUUUCCGUGCCAAUAGAAAUAAAGGAACACGUUCAUAAGAUCAAGGCUGCCAUAGACAUCGAUGACGAAGUGUUUCCCUUCACGCUAAUUGCCAUAUCACUCAUCAUUCUGAUAUUGGGCACCAUAGGCAUCAUAUACAUAUGCAUUUCUUGGUCAAAGUACAAAAACUUCAAGCAACGCAUGCGGCAGUAUUCCUCCACGAGUCCAACACGCUAUGACCCCGUCAUCGUCAACCAGCAAGCUUCGAAUGCCAGUGAAACUGUGGCCAGCAUGAAAGAGUACGAAACGCAAAUGCUGGCAAUGGCAGUACCCCCCGAUGGUGAUGACGAUCUACAGCUUGACUUCAGUGCCAAGAACCACGCCUUCUCGCUGGACAAUGUCAGCUACAUAACCCACAAGGAAAACAGCAACGGCAACAGCAACAGCCACGUUGUGGGUGGUCAGUCAAGUCCAUCACAUUCCGAUGCAACGACGGCUCCCAUUGCCACGCUUCGCCGCCACAAUAAUCUCAAUAACAUCAACAUGAACAACAAUCUGGCAAUAAACAAUAGGCAAAACACCUUCAAUCGCACACUGGAGAUCAACACCCGCAACAAUGCCAACCCCCUUGGCUCACCGCACAACACGAAUGGUGCUCUUUCCGGCACCUUGACUCUGGGGCGCAUCAAGCAUCAGAAUACCAACCAUUACCAGAACGGAGGAUCCAAUGGGGACACGGUCGGAAGGAAUAAUUUGGCCAUUGCCAAAAAUAAUGCCUACAGCACGAUGGGUAGACGUGGGAAUACGUUUUGCGGUUCAGGAUUGUUGAAUGGAUGCGUGGACAGCUCUGGAAAUGGCGACUUGAUGAACAGCAGCACGCUAGGGCGACACAGCCAACUCAACAAUCGCAUGUACAGCGGAGAGGUGCCCAUCACCAACCCGCUUUUCCAACGGUCAACUGGUGAUGGCCACAACCACUUAAGCUGCACCAAUGAAAACGUAUCGUUUGGAAAGCGAGACUAUGGCCAAAUUGGAUUCUCGUACCUGAAUGAUUUGGAUCGGUCAGAAGUGGAGACCACAACGGAACUGUGAACUGUGCGAAAACAUGCCACAGACACAGACUAGAGUAAAUGUAGUUAGCAGUACUUGGCUGGAUAUUUUGUACUUUUAUUUGUUUAUUGUACCAUAAGCUAGCGCAUUUGCCAUCGAAUUCCGAUUAUAACCUGUAAAUAUUUCACUAGGGAUAUUAUUGAAUGGAGAAACUGAUAACUGAUAUUUUAUAACUGUGCUCUAAGAUCAAAUAAUUACAGUCAUUAAUUUUAAGUAAGCGAAUUGAACAAUGAACUAUCAGUAAAAUAUCUCAAUUGUUAAAUUUAUAUCAAAUAAAAGACAUCAUGUAUGUA